UUCUUUGAGAACAGUUGAAACAAUGAAAGAAAGAAACGCAAGAAUGAAAGAAAAGGUUGAAGGAGAAGGAAGCAAGAAGGUUGCUGAAGCAAAAAGCAGUUACAAUCUUCAACCCUUACCAAUUAGCAACGAAGAUAUACUAUUCUGCAUUGACAUCGAUCCUGAAUCUGUCCCUCGUUUCGACGCCAUUAAACAAGCCAUCCUUCUCUUCGUCCAUGCCAAACUCACCAUCAAUCCUCGACACCGUUUCGCUUUUGCUACUCUCUCCGGUUCCGUUUCAUCGCUGAGGAAAGAGUUUAGCAGCGACGUUGAGUCAACAAUUGCAGCAAUGGGAGGGCUUACGGCUGCUACAUCUAGCACUCAACCAGAGCUUACAACUUUGUUCCAACUUGCUGCCCGUGAAGCUAGAAAAUCCCGUGAGCAGGGUCGCAUUUUAAGAGUGAUUCUAUUCUACUGCAGAUCAGCAGUGCGGCCACAACAUGAGUGGCUUGUGAGCCAGAAGCUCUUCACUAUGGAUAUCUUGUACCUUCAUGACAAACCUGGACCUGACAAUUGCUUUCAAGAGGUCUAUGAUGCAUUGGUACAAACUCUUGAACAUGUUUCAAACUACCAGGGUUAUAUCUAUGCGAUUGGAUCAGCAAAAGAUCUUUACGUUCACGUGUUAAUUCUUUUGUCGCAUCCUCAGCAGCGCUGUGCCCAAGAGUACCUUCACAUACCUAAAGCACUUGCAAAGAAGGUUCGUUUUAGUUCUGCAGUAUCAUAUAGGUUUCUGUAAACAAUUCAAUUUGUGGAUAUGUUUCAGGUGUCUAGUUAUUACAUAUACCACAUUACCUUCACAUACCUAAAGCUUGCAAAGAAGGCUCGUUGAGAAUGCGCCAAGAUCCACCCAUUUAGAAUGACAUGGUCGUUUUAGUUCUCCAAUAUCAUAUAGGUUACUGCUUUAUCAUGGUAAUUUUCUGAAAAUGUGUAUAUGUUUCAGGUGUCUAGUUAUUACAUAUACCACAUUACCAAGUGUAGAACGAUAAGAGAAGUUCGUCUUAUAAAAAAAUGCUAUAGUUUUUUGUUACAUGAA